AUCGUCCAAAUAUUCGUUGGUCCAGAAAAACAGGCUUUCCAAGUGCACAGUAAUCUGAUAUGCUCCGUCUCGCACUUCUUCGAGAAAGCUUUCAAUGACGGUUGCGUCGAAGGCACUGAGAACAAGAUGGACUUGCCUAAAGACGCCCCAAAGACAGUGUUAAUGUUUGUUGCUUGGCUGUAUAAUAAG